AUGGUACAUACCCGAGCACCGGGGGAGGUAGGUGCAGCAAAUAGUACGGCGGAUACGGCGCCAAAGGGAGCUAUUGUCAUGGACAGACCUUUUGGAGCUAGCAUCUGGUCCACCCUUCCUAUUAUAGCCAUCGCUGCGGAUGCCCCUGCACCAGCACCUUCACAUACUAUUCACGUUGAGCGACGCAAACGUGUGGCUGCAUCCAUCGGCACCGAUCAGUGCAUAUACUUGCACUGUGACGUGGCAGAUGAAGGCCAGGGCAGAUCAAUGGUGGAACACACAGUCCAAACCUACGGUCGCCUCGACAUCAUGUUCAGCAACGCUGGCAUGAUUAACCUGACCCAGACCAUCUUGGAUAUAGACUUGGAAGCCAUGGACCGUCUAUUCGCUGUCAACGUAAGGGGGAUGGUUGCCUGCGUCAAGUACGCAGGGCAGGCCAUGGUCCAAGGGCAGAUCAAAGGGAAUAUAAUCUGCACCGCUAGUGUAGCGGCCACGGUCGGCACUGAGGUUCGGACGGACUACACCAUCUCGAAGCAUGCGGUGCUGGGGCUGGUUCGAUCGGCUAGUAUCCAGCUCGGCAAACAUGGAAUAAGGGUGAAUUGCGUGUCGCCGUAUGCAGUGGCCACGCCACUACUGUGUGGGAUGCUUGGAAUGGAUGCAGAGGCUGUGGAGAAGAAGUUUUCAUCUAUACCAAAAUUGCAAGGGGUUGUACUGAAAGUCGAGCAUAUUGCUGAUGCUGUGUUGUUCUUGGCUACUGGUGAGUCUGCAUUUGUGAGUGGACACAACCUGGUGGUUGAUGGUGCUUUCCUUGCUCGUUGAUUGAUUUGAUUGAUCACCACCGUUGAAAUUUGUUUGAAUGGAUGAUGAUGGUGUGCGUUAUGCUUUCUUUGUC